CCUUCUCCUUAAACCACCUCACCACCUCACUCCGUACAAAACCCUAGAAACUCUCAGCUGCUCGCUUCGUCUCUUCGUCUCUUCGUCUUGCUCAUAAUCUCAAAAUGCCUCCCAAAUCUGCAAAAGCUAAGGAAGCACCAGCUGAGCGACCCAUCCUUGGCCGAUUCUCAUCUCACCUUAAGAUUGGCAUUGUUGGAUUGCCGAAUGUUGGAAAAUCUACUCUUUUUAACACUCUCACAAAGUUGUCAAUACCUGCUGAGAACUUCCCUUUCUGCACAAUUGAACCCAAUGAAGCCCGAGUCAAUGUUCCCGAUGAGCGAUUUGACUGGCUUUGUCAAUUGUACAAGCCAAAAAGCGAGGUCUCAGCUUUUUUAGAAAUCCAUGACAUAGCCGGACUUGUUCGAGGUGCCCACGAAGGACAAGGGUUGGGCAACAGUUUCUUAUCCCAUAUCCGUGCUGUUGAUGGCAUAUUUCAUGUUUUACGUGCAUUUGAAGAUCCGGAUAUCAUCCAUGUUGAUGAUACUGUGGAUCCUGUGAGGGAUUUGGAGAUUAUUAGUGCAGAAUUGCGCCUAAAGGAUAUUGAAUUCAUGGAGAGGAGGAUAGAAGAUCUUGAAAAGAGCAUGAAGAGGAGCAAUGAAAAGGCGUUAAAAAUUGAGAAUGAGCUAUGCCAAAAGAUCAAGGCAUGGCUUGAGGAUGGAAAAGAUGUCCGUCUAGGGGAGUGGAAAGCUGCUGAAGUCGAGAUCCUGAAUACCUUUCAAUUGCUAACGGCCAAGCCUGUUGUUUACUUGGUUAACAUGAAUGAGAGAGAUUACCAAAGGAAAAAGAACAAAUUCUUGCCAAAGAUCCAUGCUUGGGUGCAGGAACAUGGAGGUGAACCGAUUAUUCCAUUCAGCUGUGCAUUAGAAAGGAAUCUUGCUGAUUUGCCACCAGAGGAAGCAGCAAAGUAUUGUGAGCAGAACAAUGUACAAAGUGCCCUUACCAAGAUCAUAAAGACUGGAUUUUCAGCGAUUAAUCUCAUAUACUUUUUCACUGCUGGCCCUGAUGAGGUGAAGUGCUGGCAAAUUAGGCGGCAGACAAAAGCUCCUCAAGCUGCAGGGGCCAUCCAUACUGAUUUCGAGAAAGGGUUUAUUUGUGCUGAGGUGAUGAAAUUUGAAGAUCUGAAGGAACUAGGUAGUGAGCCGGCUGUUAAGGCUGCUGGUAAGUACAGACAGGAGGGGAAGACAUACGUGGUCCAAGAUGCAGAUGUGAUAUUUUUCAAGUUUAAUGUUUCGGGGGGUGGCAAGAAGUGAGAUAGUUAGACCUCUCCAGCAUGGCAUAUAUCAAUUUGUUGAUUCAGAGAGAGCAUUUGGAGAUGGAUCAUAUGAUUGUAUACUUGCAUCGUGAAAUGAUGAAUUACCUGUAACAUGUUAUUGUAUUUCCUGGCCAAAUUUUUGUUCAUCUAGUUCGGUUGCCACUCUUCGAUAUAUUUUGGAAGUUGUGAUUGUAGGCUUAUGGAGAGUGAAUGGAUGAUACAAAGCAUAACGCGUUUAUCUGAAUUUUCUUCA